AUAGGCGAUUGGAAGGCUGGAAUCGAAGAAGGCGAACGAAGUGUCAAAUUGUCAAUUUAUGGCGGAAUUUGAAGUGAGUUUGUGAAACAAAAGAGACGCUUUCCGAAAAAACAUACUCCGUACGACGCCGAUUUGUGCGCUUGGAAAAAUUUUGCAAGCAACAAAACCGUUUAAAAUGGCAGCCUCCGGAAGUGGUGGCCACCAAAAUGGACGAGAGAACAUUGAGAAGAUCUACCAGAAGAAGAGUCAGUUGGAGCACAUCCUCUUACGUCCGGAUACCUAUAUCGGGAGCGUGGAGAUGGUCAAGGAGCACAUGUGGGUGUAUGAUAAGGAGAAGAAGCGCAUGGAGCAGCGUGAGAUCUCCUAUGUGCCCGGAUUGUACAAGAUCUUCGAUGAGAUUCUGGUUAAUGCGGCGGACAAUAAGCAGCGUGAUCCGAAGAAUAUGACGCGUAUAAAGAUUGAUAUUAAUCAGGAGACAAAUACCAUCUCAGUGUGGAACAACGGGAAGGGUAUUCCGGUGGUGAUGCACAAAGAGCAAAAAAUGUACGUGCCGACGAUGAUAUUUGGUCAUUUGCUCACCUCGUCGAACUACAAUGACGAAGAGGAGAAGGUCACAGGAGGGAGGAAUGGCUACGGUGCCAAGUUGUGCAACAUCUUCAGCACAAAGUUCUCCGUUGAGACAGCAUGCCGGGAGUACAAGGCGUGCUUCAAGCAAACCUGGGGCGAUAACAUGACAAAGGCAUCAGAACCGAAGGUGAAAUCCUUCAAUGGCGAUGACUACACGAAGGUGACAUUCUCUCCGGAUCUGGCCAAGUUUAAAAUGGAAAAAUUGGACGAUGACAUUGUGAGUCUCCUCAGCCGCAGGGCCUACGACGUAGCGGCAUCUUCGCGCAAUGUUGCCGUUUUCCUCAAUGACGAGAAGGUGCCCGUGAAGAAUUUCAAGGACUACGUGGAUCUCUACCUCAAGGAAAAUCUAGAUGAAAGCUCAGGGACUCCUCCGAAAGUUGUCUAUGAGAAUGUCAAUGAACGCUGGGAAGUGGCGCUCACAAUGUCCGAAAAGGGUUUCCAACAAAUGUCCUUUGUCAAUUCCAUUGCAACCACAAAGGGUGGCCGGCAUGUGGAUCAUGUGGUUGAUGCGAUUGUGAAGCAACUCAUUGAGGUGUUAAAGAAGAAGAACAAGGGUGGUACGAAUAUUAAGCCGUUCCAGGUGAAGAAUCACAUUUGGAUCUUCAUUAACUGCCUCAUUGUGAAUCCCUCAUUUGACUCCCAAACCAAGGAGAAUAUGACGCUACAGGCAAAGAGUUUCGGCUCCAAAUGCACCCUCUCCGACAAAUUCAUUAACAAUGUGACCAAAUGCGGCGUUGUGGAGUCCGUGCUGCAAUGGGCAAAGUUCAAAGCAAUGAAUGAACUGGGUAAGACGAGUGGGAGUAAGAAGCAGAAAAUUAAGGGAAUCCCCAAAUUGGAGGAUGCCAAUGAUGCUGGCACAAAGAACUCCCUGUCGUGCACACUAAUUCUCACGGAGGGAGAUUCAGCCAAAACACUCGCAAUUUCCGGCCUUGGGGUUGUUGGCCGUGACACCUUUGGCGUCUUUCCGCUUCGUGGUAAAUUGCUAAAUGUUCGCGAAGCCACGCAUAAGCAAAUCCUGGAGAAUGCCGAAAUAAAUCACCUGAUUAAGAUUCUGGGGCUGCAGUACAAGAAGAAGUACAAUACAUUGGAUGAUUUGAAGACCCUUCGCUAUGGGAAGGUGAUGAUAAUGACAGAUCAAGAUCAGGAUGGAUCACACAUUAAGGGUCUCCUGAUAAACUUCAUUCACACCAAUUGGCCCGAAUUGCUACGUCUGCCCUUCCUUGAGGAAUUCAUCACGCCCAUUGUGAAGGCAAAGAAGGGCAAUCAGGAGCUUUCCUUCUACUCCCUGCCAGAGUUUGAGGAAUGGAAGGCAGCCACUCCAAAUGCUCAUACCUUUAACAUCAAAUACUACAAAGGUUUGGGUACAUCCACCGCCAAUGAGGCGAAGGAGUACUUCCGGAAUAUGAAGAGGCAUCGUAUCCCCUUCAGGUAUGAAGGCACCGUGGAUGAUGACGCCAUUGUGAUGGCAUUCUCAAAGAAAUGCGUUGAGCAGCGCAAGGAAUGGCUCACAGCGCACAUGGCAGAGUGCAAGAGGCGCAAACAGCUAGGCCUACAGGAGAGGUAUUUGUACACGAAGACAACUACAAGCGUGAGCUAUUCGGAAUUUGUCAAUCUGGAGCUGGUUCUCUUCUCAAACAUGGAUAAUGAACGCUCUAUUCCAAAUGUCGUGGAUGGCUUCAAGCCUGGCCAGCGGAAGGUUAUCUUCACGUGCUUCAAGCGUAAUGACAAGCGUGAAGUGAAAGUGGCCCAAUUGGCAGGAUCAGUGGCCGAGAAGUCAGCCUAUCAUCAUGGUGAGCAGAGUCUCUGUGGGACAAUUGUUAAUUUGGCACAAAACUACGUGGGAAGCAACAAUAUUAAUCUCCUGCAGCCGAAUGGGCAGUUUGGAACGCGUAUUAAUGGUGGAAAAGACAGCGCAUCACCGCGUUACAUUUUCACAAUGCUCUCACCACUCACUCGCUUGAUCUUCCACCCACACGAUGAUCCCCUCCUUACGUACCAAAAGGAAGAUAAUCAAGACAUUGAGCCACUCUGGUAUAUUCCCAUCAUUCCAAUGGUUCUCGUCAAUGGAGCUGAAGGAAUUGGCACAGGGUGGUCCACAAAGAUACCCAACUACAACCCCCGGGAGCUCAUUAGCAACCUCCGUUUGCUUAUCCAGAAUGAAGAGCCAACACAGAUGAAGCCCUUCUAUAAGAACUUUGUUGGUGACAUUGAAUUCAUCGCAGAUCACAGAUACGUCUGCACGGGAAAUGUGGCUAUCCUCCCGGGGAAUCGUAUUGAGAUAACAGAACUUCCCAUUGGUGUGUGGACACAGACGUACAAGGAGAAUGUCCUGGAGCCACUUCUUCAUGGAACAGACAAGACAAAAGCCAUCCUGAAUGACUACAAGGAGUACCACACCGACACAACCGUCCGUUUUGUCAUUAGCUUCUCAGCUGGAGAGUUUGAUAGGAUUCGCGCCGAGGAUGGUGGCUUCCAUCGUGUCUUUAAGUUGUCCAGCAGCAUCAGUACCAGCAGUAUGCACGCCUUCGAUGAGAAUUUGUGCCUACGUCGCUAUGAUAAUGUUAACGUCAUCCUACGGGAAUUCUAUACGCUUCGUCUUGAUUUCUAUGUGAAACGCAAGAGCUACCUUGUGGGUAUGUUGACGGCAGAAGCGGAAUAUCUCGACAAUCAGGCGCGUUUUAUCGUUGAGAAGUGCAAUGGGACAAUUGUGGUGGAGAAUAAGAAGCGCAAGGUGAUCAUUGAGGAGCUCCUGAAGCGUGGCUACAAACCAAAUCCAACACGUGAAUGGCAACGUUUAAUUAAUCCCAAAUUUGCCGAACAAGAAGCUGAAGCUGAAGCCGCUGAGGCGGCUGAAGAGGAAGAAACAUCGGCUGUGGUGGAUACGAAGAAGCCCAAGAAACCCGUUGAUCCGGAGAGGGCAUUCAAUAAUUCUCAGGAUGUGAAGCAAUUUGACUAUCUACUUGGGAUGAAAAUUUGGAUGCUCACGGAGGAGAAGAAGCGUGAGUUGCUUGACAAGAAGGAGGCAAAACUCUCAGAGCUCAAUAUUCUCAAGGCAAAGACUCCGGAAAUGAUUUGGCUUUCGGAUUUGGAUGCGCUUGAAGCGAAAUUAGAUGAAGUUGAGCAGAAGGAGCGGGAGGAUGAGUAUGGGGCACAGCAGGGGCUGGCAAAGGCAAUGAAGGGGAAGAAGGAACCCGCCAUGAAGGGAGCAAAGAAGGGAGUAAAAGUGGAAAAGGGGGAAAUUUAUCCAGCACAAAAUGGCGAGAAAGUUGCCUUUAAGAUAACCGACGAUAUGGUGAAGAAGUACGAAAAGGCCACACAGGUGGGUGUGAAGAAGGAGAAGGCCGAGAAGAAGAAGAAGGUCAAAGGUGAAGGAGCUGAUGAGGAAAUGGAUGAUCUGGAUGCAUUGGUCAAUGCUGGCGAUAACAGUAUUAAGAAGGAAGAUAAGCCAGCCAAGAAGACCAAGAAAGCCGCCGGAGAUGGGCUCAAACAGACAAAGAUUUCAUUCCCAAAAGAGAAGAAGAAGAAGGCCAAGAGCGGUGCUUUUGGAUCAUCAGAUGAAGAUGAAGUGAAUGAAGUUAGUCCACCAGCCCGCGAGAGAGCCCCAAUGAGGGCGGCAUCGAAGAAGAUUGUCUACAAAUUCGAUUCAGAUCAGGAGGAGGAUGAUGCGGCAUCGGAUGUUUUUGGUGAUUCAGACAGCGAUGAUGAGUUAAAGCCAAUCUCAACGACAAAUCAAUCGAGUGAGGAUAUGUUUGAUUCUCUCAAGGAGGACAAUGGGCAGGAUUCACCCGCAAAGGCACCGCCAGCUGCUCAACCUGCGGCAGCUAAACGCAAACUCAAUAAACCCCCAGCAGCCGCUAAAGUCACAAAGCGCACCAAAAAGGAUCAAAACAGCAGCGAUGAGGAAGUUUUCUCCAAGAAGGCUCGCAAGAAGGAAGAAUUGAGCAGCGAUGAUGAUUUCUCGCCGGUGAAAAAGCCAUCAAGAGGCGCAAAGAAGGCCACAUAUGCCGAAUCAGAUGACGAUUCCGAUUAUUGAAUUAAUUAACUAAUAUAAUUUGUAAUUUGUAAUUUAUUUGAUGUUCUCAAAAAUUUUUUAUCAUUCUCAACGAUAUCCCAUCGUUUUCUCAUCCAAAACUCUGUUAGAGGAAGAAUUUUAAACAAAAAAUCAUUGCUGGAGGUUUAUAGAUUCUCAAAUUAGUUCAAUGGUUUAUCAUUUAUUUUCUUUAUAAACGGUAGAUUAAAUAAAAUAAAUUUUCGUGGAAA